GGCUUACUUGAUUCUCGUCAAUUACGUUCGUUAGGCCGGAUAUUUGGUGGAAUACACUUUUCCUUUCAAGUGUCAUGAAACCACAAAUAUCAUCUCUGUCUUCUGCGGCACGGCUUUCCGCUCGGCCUCUCAACAUUCCUCUAUCCCACCGCGGAGUUCGCCAUUAUGCGCAGAUAGCGUCGGUACGGGCAAGGCCCUCAUUAUCCCAAUCGACUUGUCCAGUGUUGUUCCAGGAUGGACGCCCAAUGCAAAGAAGGUGGAUUACAGAGGCUUAUAUCCAGCGAAUGAAAGAUGCUGAGAAGCAAUGGAAAGAAUGGGCGGGGGAGAUCAAGGCCGGGGAGAGACUCAGUUUUGUGCAGCAUCUGGAGCAGAGAGAACUACUGCAUGAUGUCGUCGGGGAACGCGAUCUUCUACACAAAGUCUUCACCGAGAAGCGAGUCGGCCUCUACGCCGGUAUAGAUCCAACCGCUCCUUCGUUACAUAUUGGGCAUAUGUUACCGUUCAUGGUUCUAGCGUGGGCCUACGUCUGGGGCUUACCCGCGGUGUUUCUACUUGGCGGUGCCACAUCUCGAGUCGGUGAUCCGACGGGCAGAUUGCAAGGGAGGGAGCAAGUGCAAUCCUCUAUACGGAAGGCAAACAUGGCAGCCAUGCACAUGCAACUGAAGAAGCUAGGUGCGAGCAUUGAGAGAUAUGGUCAAAGACACGGGUACGAGACCCAACGGAUCUGGAGGCGAUCACUGGUGAACAACAACGUAUGGUGGAAUAAAACAUCGUUCAUUGAGUUGCUACGGGACUUGGGCGCUUUCAUGCGGCUUGGCCCUAUGCUGGGCAGAGACACAGUCAAAACUAGACUAACGAAAGGCGACGGUAUGUCUUUUGCUGAAUUCUCAUACCCUCUUAUGCAAGCAUGGGAUUGGUGGGUUUUGUUUAGAAAGGGUGUCCAGGUCCAGGUGGGAGGCACCGAUCAGUACGGUAAUAUCCUCUUUGGUAUGGAAGCGGUCAAGUCGAUCAGCAGGAAUACGGCAAACGAGCAGGACCGGAACAGUCUUGAAAAGGACGUGGACAGACCAAUCGGUUUGACCACGCCAUUACUGACUACUUCGUCUGGCGAGAAACUUGGAAAAUCCGCUGGCAAUGCAGUUUGGCUUGAUAAGGACAUGACGUCCACCUUUGAACUAUAUCAGUUCUUCGUACGAAUUCCUGAUGACGUCGUUGAACGUUAUUUGAAAAUGUUCACGUUCCUACCCUUACCAGAGAUCGCCAAGAUCAUGGAGCAACAGAAGAAUGACCCAUCAAAGCGUGUUGCACAACAUGCUCUGGCUUUCGAGUUUGUGGAGCUCAUCCACGGAAAACAAGAGGCAGAAGCCGUAUCCGUACAACAUCGUCAGCUAUUCCGCCCACGGGUGUCGACAGCUGAACCGACUCCUCUGGCCCAAGCUGGGAGACAACCACCAGCCGGCCAUUUCAGAUCCCCCACAGCGAGUUUUGUCAACCCCCAGGCUGGGAACCAGUACGCCCCCCAAACUAAUUUCUCGAACAUGCCGUCUGUAAAUGUCACUCUUCCGCGGUCCCUUGUCUACGACCAACCUUUCAACCGGGUCUUGUGGCAUGCGGGAUUGGUGUCGUCAAAGAGCGAAGGCCACCGCAUUAUUAAGAAUGCGGGAGCAUAUGUGGGAUCCCGCCCAGGCGAGAGCGGGCCCAUGUCGGAUGAAUUAUCAUUCACGCCCAUCAAGCCAUGGACGGCUAACAAAACAGCAGAAUUCAUUCAUGGUGAAUCUCUGUUGAUCUUGAAGCUGGGCAAGUGGAAAUUCAAGCUGGUCAACAUCAUCAGUGACGCAGAAUUUAGAGAACGCGGGCUUACUGCGCCUGGAUGGGAAUCACAACAGGAUGAAAACUGACCAGAAGGAAUCUAAACAAGAACAUGAUACUCUACUUUCUCUUAUGACUUUGUGUAUUUAUAGACUUUGCACAUAUCCGAAUGCAUGUACCAUAGCAUAGUGGCGUAUCUCUGCUCUUUUCAUUGUGUCUUUUUAUUUCUUGACCUGUCUCUGUAUUGUACGGAGUAUAAAUUAA